GGGAAGAAUCCUCAUCCUCCAACCGAGGCCCCAAGAGGUGUGGUCUGAGGAGGGGAGAGGAGAGAACAGAAGAGGAGAGAAUCUGUCAGCCUCCCAAAGAACCAACUGCUUCCCCUCCAGACACACAGGAGGAGGCUGGAGGGCUUCACAUCUGGUGCAGGGACUCAGAGGGACUCCUCUGGACUUAGAGGGACUCCUCUGGACUUGGGCUUGUGCAGGGCUCCUCCAGUGGACUGCACAGAACUCUCAGGGACUACAAGACAUUUUUCGGUAUUCUUAACCGUAGAAAAAGGGGACCGUUCAUUUUGUUAACCACAGCUGGAGAUGGAGGCUGGCACUGACUCCCAGGCGGCUCCCGGCCCCAGCGCCCCCCUCACCAGUGAGCAACUGGCGGCCAUCGAUGAUGAACAGACGCUCAGCGACAUGCUGGACAAGACUGAGGAUUUUGAUCAGAGGCGGCUGAUCCGGGCGGCAAUGAGGGACCUGCUAAAGAGGAAACGCGAGCAGCGUGAGCGUGAGAGGGGAUCAAGGCAGAAGGACUUGCAGCAGCAGCAGCAGCAGCGGGCCCAAGGGAAGGCAAACACAGGCCAGAGGCCUCCUGCUACCAACACUCCCCAGCAGAAGACAUGGAACAAAACGGUGUCGUCCUCCCCCUCCUCUCCAAAGUCUCCUGGCAGCCCAGGCAGUCCAUCCAUGACGAAAGCUGCGCCCUGCUUUGGAGAAGCUGCGGUGCCCAACAGCAAGAACGUGAAGCAGAUGCUCUUGGACUGGUGUCGUGCUAAGACAGAACCCUAUGAAGGUGUGGAGAUCCAUAACUUCUCGUCCAGCUGGGCGGACGGCCUGGCUUUCUGUGCCCUGGUGCAUCGCUUCUUUCCAGAUGGAUUUGACUACUGCACCCUCGACCCCUACGACCGCAAGGCCAACUUCGAAAAGGCCUUCAAGACCGCAGAGACGCUUGGCGGCUGCCCUGCGCUGCUUGAUGUGGACGACCUGCUCCGUAUGAAAGAGCCGGACUGGAAGUGUGUGUACACGUACAUCCAGGAGUUCUACAGGUGCCUGGUGGAGAAGGGCCUCGUCAAGACCAAGAAGAAAACGCUGCCUUAGAAGGGACUCGCCUCGCUCACUCACGGCUAAUACACUGGGUUGCCAGAUGUGAAACCGCCCAAUCUGUCAACACUACUGACACGGCGGGUAGAUGAAGAGAUUAUUAAGAGAGUUUAUUUCUGGAUAGAUAUGUAAGGCAAUGAAAAUGCUCAAAGAAACUAAAUCCUGCACAAUUUGACCCGCAUUCUAUUGAUUUCUAUUGCCAUACAUCUGCACAAAACCCCACCCAAUGCCCCCUUUUUUACUCACUCAUGGCCAUCCUAAACAACCCAAGUGGCUGGGAAACUGCCCAAUCUGGCAACACUGCUAACACGGCAGGGAAAAGCAGAAAUGGUUUAUUUCUGGGUACAUGGGGAGAUAUGCAAGGGAAUAGAGUGUAGCCAGCGUAAGAAUGUGAUCUU